AUGUCUACUUCCAAAUGCCUUGGAGGCGUUCCGAGGGAGGAACGUGAUUACAGAUCGAUAUAUCAUAAUCUGGAGAUCGAGAAAAUGCAUCAGAUUAUUUCAAAAAGCACCUAUGCAUCAGAAAGUGAAUCGGAUAGCAAGAAAACAACUAGAAGGAAUCAAAAAGGAAACUUCUUUGAGUCUAUCGUGUAUAAACUAGACAGCUAUGAUCAACUUUAUUUGGAGAGAUCGGGAAUUGAUAUCUCCAAAGAUGUUUUUGAGUUAGUUAUCGACAGAUUAGAAAAGGAAUGGUUCCUAUUCGUGCAGGAUUUAGUAUCCAGGCACGUAAAACCUAUAGAACCCACUUCCUUCUGUGAUAUCUGUACAAGGCAUGCAUCGGAACGCACCGGAACUCUUUUUGUAUGCCAAGGAUGUGGAAUAUGUGUGCAUGAAAACUGCUAUGGAAUACAAGAUCUGAGUGAUUUUUGGUUGUGCAAGGGAUGUAUAUAUGGAAAGGACCUAAAAGAGUGUUCUUUCUGCCCUUCUUCAGACGGCAUCUUCAAGCAGACAUCCGACAACAGAUGGGGCCAUGUUUUGUGUGCUAUGUUCAACAGAUCUCUCUCGUUUGGCCAUCCAUUAUCAAAAGACCCCAUUGAUGUUAGCUCCUAUACCAAAGAAUCCGGAUGUUCUUUCUGUGAAAAAACUGUUGGAACUGUGAUAUGCUGCUCGUAUUUUAUGUGUUCUAGGAAAUACCAUGUGUCAUGUGCUCUAGACAAAUGUUACUUUGAUUUGGAAAAUAGAAUAUCUUAUUGUAUCGACCAUAGUCCUUUGAAAAGAAGUCCAUAUGAAUUAGGCUACAGAAAAGUGACCAAAAUAAGGUAUUUUGGAUAUGAAAAGUUACGAAAUCCUCCAAUAAUCCGAAAAAAGGCUCCAAUGGCAUGCCCUCAGGUUACGCUAUUCAGAAAGCUCUGCAAUCUACAGCCGGUUGCCACACCAUCCAUUCUUUCAAAGAUUAAAGCAUAUACCCAAAAGGAAGGAAACUUCCCAGAUCUUUUGAAAGUAUUGGAAUAUUGGGAAUUGAAAAGAAGAGGAGUUGGAGGUCCUUUACUUGUUCUUCCUGAAAUUAAAAUUGGAAGGAAGGAGGAAAACUAG